AUGGCCGCGUCGACCACCGCCUCCGAGACCGAGAUGAAGGCGAACCGCCUCCCCCUGGGCUGGCGUGACCAGUGCUCUUCCCUCCUCAUCCCCCUGAACAUCUGCCGCCACAAGAACGACUACCUGACAUGGAAGUGCGAUGACGAGAGGCACAGCUACGAGAAGUGCCAGUACGACGACUACGUGCGCCGCAUGAAGGAUCUCGUCAAGCAGAAGCGCGAGGCAGACGAGUAG